UCACUGUGUGAGCAGAUAAGGCUGUGUAAAAUCCCCUCGGAUGCUGCAGCCAAUGAAAACCAUGCUGACACUGACAGCCGAGGUGCAUGCUGGUAGUGGUAGUCGGCUGGUCUCCUGCAGCCGGUCAGCAGCGCUGUGCUGGCGGCUGUGCAGGACUACACAGCUCCGGGUGUCUGCACAGAGGCGGCUUGCGUUGACAGCGGUUGGUACUGAGCGAAGUACGGCGGCACAAAUAUCGCCCGUCUGGGUUUGCUUUGCUUUUUUUUUUUUUGUUAAGGGGUUUAACGUUUCCAAAAGUUGACCUCUGCAAGUAUGCAGUCCGAAUCGGGGAUAGUUCCCGACUUCGAGGUCGGAGAGGAGUUUCAAGAGGAGCCUAAAACGUAUUACGAAUUGAAGAGUCAACCCUUGAAAAACAGCAGCCCGUCGGACCAGCACGGCUCCUCCAAGCCCCCGCUGAGCUCCUCGGCCAUGACAUCACGCAUCCUACUGCGGCAGCAGCUGAUGCGGGAGCAGCUUCAGGAGCAGGAGCGGCGGGAGCAGCAGAGACAACAGGCCUCCCAGUACCCACAAACCACAGCAGCUCAGAGCCCCGCCAUCAAUGUCAGUGUCCCCGCCAGUUUGCCUCCUGCUGCCCAGGUGCCAAUGGAGGUGCUCAAGGUCCAGACACACCUGGAGAACCCAACCAAGUACCACAUCCAGCGCUCUCAGCAGCAGCAGGUGAAGCGGUACCUGGGAAAGCUUGGCUCUCAGGUGUUGAGCUUGCCCUGCCACAACCAGUCCUCUGACCACGGGGGCAUGCCGCCAGGGCCGGGCAACAGCGCCCCCAACAGCCCUAUGGCCUUACUGACCCUGAACUCUAACUGCGAGAAAGAGAUGGAUGAUGUCAUUGAUGACAUUAUUAGUCUGGAGUCCAGUUACAGUGAUGAUAUCCUCGGCCUGAUGGACCCAGGACUUCAGAUGGCUAACACGAUCCCCGUGAAUGCUAACCUCAUGGACAUGUAUGGUAAUCAGGGUAUGCCCCAGCAGGGUCUGCCCAUCAGCAACUCCUGCCCUGCCAACCUGCCCAACAUCAAAAGGGAAUACUCUGUUUCACAAUCCCCUGCCAUCAUGCAUAUGCUGGAUAAGUCUGGAUCCUGCGGCAAAUUUGACAACUAUCAGAGGCCUGAAGGGUUCCCUGUUGAAGCUGAGGUAAGAGCAAUGGCAAAGGAGAGACAGAAGAAGGACAACCAUAAUCUGAUUGAGAGAAGACGACGGUUUAACAUCAACGAUCGAAUCAAGGAAUUGGGCACUUUAAUUCCUAAAUCCAAUGACCCGGACAUGCGCUGGAACAAAGGCACCAUCCUGAAGGCUUCAGUGGACUACAUCAGGAAACUACAGCGGGAGCAGCAGAGGGCCAAAGAGCUGGAGAAUCGCCAGAAGAAGCUAGAGCAUGCCAAUCGACAUCUGAUGUUACGGAUACAGGAGUUAGAGAUGCAGGCGCGGGCUCACGGUCUGGUCAUCACCUCCUCAGCACUCUGCGCUAGUGAACUUGCGGCCCGGUCCAUUAAACAGGAGCCUUCCCUGGAGGAUUGCCGCCAGGACCUGUACACGCUCCACCCCCAUCACCAACACCACCCGGCCUGCACUCCAGAACCACCCAGCGCCCUGGAGCUAAACGAAGGCCACUCUAACUUCCCCGAGGGCCACUACAGUGUUCACGGCAAGCCGGGCUCCAAACUCAACGACAUCCUCAUGGAAGAUAACUUAUCACCGGUGAGAGGGGGGGACCCUUUGCUCUCGUCAGUCUCCCCAGACACCUCAAAGGACAGCAGUCGCAAGAGCAGUGUAAGCAUGGAUGGAGAUGAGCAGGGCUGUUAGCACCCCCUACUGGAAGACCCCUCACCUGCAUCUCCAACCGUCUCCAUCCUGCUACAAGUGUUCCUGUCAGCAGCUAACACACUCCCAGCUGCUGGAGAGGCUUCCUCCCGUUUGUGUCAUUUGUUUGUUGUGUUGUUUUUUUUCUCCCCUGCCCACGUUUACAUGUAUUGAAUCUUUUCCAGUCAUGUUUUUUUUGUUAGUUUAUUUGUGAUAUCAUGUUUUCAAGCCCUCAACCUUGAUUACAAGGACUGAUUAAAAAGUUUGCUUUAAUCAAUACUUUGAUGACAAUGAGUUACAAAAAUAGAUGUUUUUAUAUUUAAAAAAAAUAUGCAUUCAUCUUUGAAUAGAGGCUAGAUUAUGCUUAUUUCUAUUGAUUCCAAAGAAUCUAGGGAAGUUAUAAAUCAUGGUCAGAAAUGUAGAUAUUUUGUGUUGAGAUGAACACUGCUAAAUCACUAGCAAUAAUAGGACAAAAAAAAUCUAUUUAUUACUAUAGUGCUUUACACUCCUUGUGUCUUAGAUUGAACCUGAAUGUGCCAAUGCCUUAUUAAGAUGUGUAUACAUCAAUGUUGUAUUGCUAUGCACAUUUUUUGGCUGUUAUCUGAGUCUUUGUCAGUCUUCCAGUUGAAAUUUCUUCCUUGACAAAUAUUAAUCAUUUGUAGAUUUGAUCUUAUUUAUGUUUCUAUGUAAACAGGACUUUAUGUACACAUUUCCCUAAAAAUGUAUUUAAAACAAGGCAUUUAAAAGAGCCUUUUUAAAGUAAUAAAAAUAAUAAAUAAAUGAACGCACAUUAAAAAUAGGAAGCUAAAAUGUCUCCUUCGAGAUAAUUAAAAUGAACAAAAUCAGCUUCGAUAAUGAGCAAGAUGCAGCACAACAAUCCAGCAACAAGAGAAAAGUUUCACCACCCUGAUGCAUCCUGUAACCACCCAGUGCUGACUGCUCAGCAGUGUGUACCAGAUAUAUUACCAAUAAACAUUCCUCACUGCCAAAACCACCAAAAUACUUAAAUUUAACCAAAAUAAUUAAGAUUUUUUUUUAAUAAUGCAGUCAGAAAACCAGUAGAAUCUUAGCACAAAUCAAAAUCAAAAAGCCUGUUAUAGCUCUGACACACGCACAAGAAGCUGAUGGUAGAUCUGAUUGUUACAUAAUUCUAUAAAUCUUUGAUAGAUGAUUAACGCAAGAUGAAGAUGAAUCAGUUUUUAAUGUAUUCUUGUCUCUAGUGUUCAGACAAAACUGGUAAACCUGCUCCUAUCUAUCACAUACAGUGUACUACUUCAGACAUGUGUUGAUACAAUGCUGAGUUUUUAUAAUUGUCCAUCCAUUUCCUAAAUUAUUGUUUUUUUUACACCACUGUGGUGACAUUUCAAAUUCAGGAUUUUUUUUUUCCAUUAUGUGAACAUUUAUAUUGCCAAGGAGUAUAAGGAGACUGCUUUGGGAUUUUGUAUGAAAUGCAUGACAUUGUCAAAACACUGGAAUGACCUCUGUAAUUUGAAAUGUGGUUUGUUCGCCUUUUUUUUUUUUUUAUCUAAGCAUAAACUAACUAUUGUAUUUGGCUUUUCAAAUGCAUACAGAAUAUUGUAUGAGAUUGUAGAUUCUUUAUGGUGUACGGUUGUUGUAUAUUUCAGCAGCUUAUUUUCAACAGUUGUAGCACAUAGCAUAAGUAUGCCUUUGUUAAUAUCUACCUGCCAUACAUUGAGAGCCCUGUUACAGCACAGCCUCCAUUUUGUUAAACUAUGCAAUGGUUGAAGUUGUACCUGCAGAGCAGCAUCGUGUCUCGACAAUGUGAUCUCCUUAUGACUUAGUCUAAACAGUGUCAAAGUAAUUAUCUUUUUAAUUGAUUUAAGUGCCUUACAGUCGUUUCAGUUACCCUGGUGAUGUAAGAGGAGUUGUAGACAGUGAUGCAAAAUUUUGUUGAUGUUUAUACUGGUAUUUGGUGCUUAAUGAAGUAACUGAAGAGUGCCAAAGUACGUUAGAAAGCAGUAGGAAAGGGCUGUUUGUCAGUACAACAUAACACUAUAAGCCUCUCAGACUCAACAAAUGCAAAAAUAGUUUGUCAUGAUGGAGCCCCAAAGUGUUCAUUACUGAAUAAAUACGGCAUUAUGAAAUGAAUAUCAUAAAAAUGAAUAGAGUAACAUAUAAAAGUAAAACAAUGAAUUUGGAAAUAAUAAAUUAUUAAAACCCAUUAUCAUUUAUUAAUGGUAUUUCAUCAUUAAAUUCAUAUUACAGUGUUUUAUUUAGUUAGCAUUUAUUAUUGCACAGAUUUUUUUCAGUUCAAAGUGCCCUUUUUCAAAGUUCUGUUUUACCUAAUAGUAUUUUUCCUAUUGAAACCUCUAUUUCAAAAUUAUUACCACCCAUUUACCACUUAGGUUAUCACUUAAUCCAGCCCAUAAGCUUAACAACAGCCAUAAAAUUUUGCCAGCAGCUACUGAUAGCUAGCGCAACAACAAUGUCAAAACUAAUACUGACUACCUGCACAGAAACCAAACACAGUAACUAGCCACUACCUUUAUUAGGCAGAACAUGGCGACAAAUGCUACCUGGCUAGCAAGCUGACCAGCUAGGUUGGCAAGUGAACUUGGAUUAUAUAGAGCCGGUGUUGGUAGCAUCUAAUUCAGUGUUGUCCUAGUAAUGUGUCUCUAAAGUUAUUCAACAACAGCCACAAAAUUUAGUCAGCAGCUCCCAUUAGCUGGAUCAACGACAGUACCAAAGCUAAUACUAACUUCAGCUUCCAAACAUUUACUACCCACUACUUUUAUUUAACACAACAUGGCAACAAGUGCUUCCUGGCUAGCAAGCUAACAAGCUAGGUUGGCAAAUAAACUUUGAUUAUAAAGGCAGUGUCGGUAGCAGCUAACUCAUUAAUUCAAAGUUAUCUUUGUAAUGUUGUGUCUCUAAAUUUAUUGAACAACAGCCACAAAAUUGAACAGUGGCUGCUGUUAGUUAGAGCUACAACAGUGCCAGAACUAAUACUGACUACCUGCUACAUCAAUCAAACACAGUAACUAACCGCUAGUUUAUUUAGCCCAAAAUGGCUACAAAUGCUACCUGGCUAGCAAGCUAACAAGCUAGGUUGGCUUGUAAACUUGGGUUAUAGAACUACUGUUAACAUUAGCAGCUAACUCAUUCAUGUAGAGUUUUCUUGACAAUGUCUCAUCUCUAAACUUAUUUAGCAACAGCCACAAAAUUUAGCCAGCAGCUCCCGUUAGCUAGAGCAACGACAAUACCAAAGUUAAUGCUGACUAUCUGCUAGCAGAUAGGUUGCUAUAGCAACCAAACAUAACUAACUCAUUUAUUCAGCAGAACAUGGCUACAAAUGCUACCUGGCUAGCACGCUAACUAGCUAGGUUGUCUUGUAAACUGAGCUUACUUUAGUUGCGUUCAGUUGGGGCCAUGUUUACGGUGUUAAUGAGAACAGCCCAUAUGAACACAGCCCUUUUGGUGUACAUGACUUCUCAUAUCCUAAGCACAAGCUAACAAGUUCCGUUUUAACACAAUAGCACAAAAUGGCUGCAAACGCUACCUGGCUAGGAAGCUAACUAGCUAGGUUGCCUUGUAAACUCAGAAUAUGUAGAGCCAGUGUGAACAGUAGUGGCUAACUCAUUGAUUCAGUGUUGUGACUUUCAAGUUAUUAUUUACAGAAAGAUAAAUAGAACAUAAAUAUUUGGUUGCUGUAGCCAAAAGGAGCCAGCUGGUUAACAGUUUUGGCUGUUAGUGAAAUGUUUUGUGCCUUUCAGAAGAUGGCUCUUGACUCUUAAUCUUGUAAUAUUUUACUUAUUUUACUUUAUUUCAUUAUGUCUUAUUUAUUUAAUAUAGAACAUGUUGGGGUGGCUGCUCAUUUUGUUUUAUCUUUUUUAAGGUCAAAUUCUUCCCUGAAGGCAGUGUUUCCACAGUUGUACUGAAUAUUCAGCAUCCUUUCAAGACUAGUAUGAAUGUAGUUCAAAGUGAUGACUGCCAAAAUGUGUUGCUAAAAUUAAAUACACAGUAAGUUUAUAUAAAUAGCAUUUUUUAACAGCUCAGCUAAAGCACCUGAUAGUGGUGUUUAUCUUCUGCAGUUACAAGCAAUACUCAAGAUGUAAUGGCAGUCAGGCCAUCAGUAAACUACAGGUGAAAGUUCAGUCAUGUACCUGGAAAACAGUAAAAUAACUUAAGAUCUUCUUAAUAAUAUAUUUUCUAGAACUUUCAACUACAUCUCACAGUCGUCAUCAGCAGAUGGAGAUAGCUCAGCUGUAGUCACGUGACAGUGAAGUUAUAUGGAACUUCUGUUGAAGACCAUGAGAUGUUGUUGAAAGCCCAGAAAAAGCCAGUAAGUGGACCUUAAGUUGAUUUUUUUUUUUUUUUUGUUAUGGCUUCAGAGGACUGCAAAAUGGCCUUUAUGGUGACACCAUUAGUGCAAUACACAGUCCCUUUGACUGAAACUAGAUCAGCUUUUUUUUUUUAUGUAAUAAAUACAUAAAUCAUCCAAACUGAGAUGUGACAGGUUACAAUGAACAUCAGCAUCACAGGUGAUGGUGGCAGCACUUAAUUUAAAAGCCAUCACUACGACAGAUUUCUCAUAAUGAAUCUCCCAGCUGUUAAUUAUUAUGGCACAUUAUGGGUAAACCACUAAUGAAUAACCACGUUAGCUCGAUUUAGACCUCCUCUGCUCACUCUCAUUCCUGUGGUUCACACAGACAACGUUAAACUCUGCUGAUGUUGCUACUGUUCUUAUUGUUACAGUUUAUAUGAGAUGAAUGUAGCAAUAGUUACUGUACGCACUGGUUUCAGAUUAGUGAACUCAAACUCAUUGGUACUCAAUGUGGAAACUAUCUUAUGAGAAAUAUUAAAAGUUUUAUUUGAA